AUGGCGUCGUGCGCGGAUGAUGGAUCGUUGGUGGAAUAUCUUUUGGCAGAAGAAAAAGCUGGCCGAGAGAAUUUGGACUUCUUUCUACAGAAACAUCGGAUUGAGGAGGUUUUCGAGGAGUUAUUAAAAGAUCUAGAAGCCCUCGGUAGGGUUGAGUUUUACUUCGGUAAAGGACAAGAAAAUGAGAAAGAUCUUUGGAACAAAUUCAGAGAUGCUUUAGAAUCCCAAAGAACAUCGUACGAAGAUUUAAGGAAGCUUCUAACGGAAUUCGAAGGAAAAAUAGGCAAAGCAGACAGUGUGGAGGAUGGAACAUCACCAUUUUUCCAGGAGAUCCUACAGAGAAUACAACAUGUUGCCGACAAAUCCCUUCUACGGUCUCCAAGCCCUCCGGUUGUCAUUAAAAAUCGUGCCGAGCAGGAAACAUUCCGAUGGACACGGCUAAUAAUGUUACAAGAAACUCAACUGGAAUCGCUAAAACGCAAGAUUGAGGAAUACAAACGGAAAAUAGCCGAACGGCAAACCCAACGCCGGGAGCUUCAGCUUCAAAGCAGCCAAGAAAAGGAUUAUCAAACGUCCGCAUCCAAUGCAGUGCUGGUGGAUAUAAAGCUUUCCGGUGAUGGAGUUAUUCAACGUCUGCAAGAGGAAAUAUCAAGCCACCCGCCGUUUGAAAGUACACCAGAAUACCAGGCUAGUUUGGAUCGGUCCGACCAGAAGCGGAAGCGGAUUGCCAAGCUGCACGUGCAGCUGCAACUGUGGAUUAAAAAGUAUGACAAGUUCAUCGGUGAACCGAUGCCGUCGUUGCUUGAGCUCGAGGAGCGGAUGGCCGGACUGGAGGAGUGGAAGGAAACGGUCCUGAAACCGCAAGAAGAGCGUUUGCAGGAGUUGAAAGAGCAAGUUGGGGAAUUUGAGGCGAUUGCUUUCGAGGAAAAAGUGGAAGAGAUGAGGAAACUGCAUGCGGUGCGUGUACUACAGCGGGCUUGGAAGCGCACGCUUGAAGUGAAACGGUCGAAAAAGUCGAAGAAGGGCAAGAAAGGUAAAGGAAAGAAAAGAAAGUAA